UCCCCUCUGCUGUCCCUAUGAUGCAUCAAGUGAGUCGUACUACCAGUAGCAUCACACUAUCAUGGCCUCAGCCAGACCAGCCCAAUGGGAUCAUCCUGGAUUACCAGCUACGCUACUUUGACAAGGCAGAAGAGGAGGAGAAUUCAUUCACCUUGACUAGUGAAACCAACAUGGCCACCAUAUCAAAUCUGAGCCCAGGCAAGAUCUAUGCCUUCCAAGUACGAGCUAGAACAGCAGUGGGCUAUGGCACAUACAGUGGAAAAAUGUACUUCCAGACUUUAAUGGGAGGGGAGCGCUCGGAGAUGGUGCAGGAUCGACUGCCGCUUAUCGUGGGCUCAGCACUCGGUGGUCUAGCCUUCCUGGUAAUUGCUGCCAUUGCCAUCCUUGCCAUCAUCUUCAAGAGUAAAAGGCGAGAGACUCCAUACACAGACCGUCUGCAGCAGUAUAUCAGUGCACGAGGACUUGGAGUGAAGUAUUACAUUGAUCCUUCGACCUAUGAAGAUCCCAAUGAAGCUAUUCGCGAAUUUGCCAAGGAGAUUGAUGUGUCCUUCAUCAAGAUUGAAGAGGUCAUUGGAUCAGGAGAGUUUGGAGAGGUGUGCUUUGGGCGCCUAAAACACCCAGGGAAGCGUGAAUACACAGUAGCUAUUAAGACCCUGAAGUCAGGCUACACAGAUGAACAGCGGCGGGAGUUCCUGAGUGAGGCCAGCAUCAUGGGGCAAUUUGAGCAUCCCAAUGUCAUCCAUCUGGAGGGUGUGGUCACCAAGAGCCGACCAGUCAUGAUUGUCACAGAGUUCAUGGAGAAUGGAUCACUGGAUUCCUUCCUCAGGCAGAAGGAGGGACAGUUCAGUGUGUUACAGCUUGUGGGAAUGCUACGGGGGAUUGCAGCUGGCAUGCGCUACCUUUCAGACAUGAGCUAUGUGCAUCGUGACCUGGCAGCACGUAACAUCUUAGUCAACAGUAAUCUUGUGUGCAAAGUGUCAGACUUUGGUUUGUCCCGUUUUCUGGAGGAUGAUGCUUCAAAUCCCACCUAUACCGGAGCUAUGGGCUGCAAAAUCCCCAUCCGUUGGACUGCCCCUGAAGCUGUCCAGUAUCGCAAAUUCACCUCCUCCAGUGACGUCUGGAGCUAUGGCAUUGUCAUGUGGGAGGUGAUGUCCUAUGGUGAAAGGCCCUACUGGGACAUGUCCAAUCAGGAUGUAAUUAAUGCCAUUGACCGGGACUAUCGCCUGCCACCACCCCCAGACUGCCCAACUGUUUUGCACCUACUGAUGCUUGACUGCUGGCAGAAGGAGCGGGUGCAGAGACCCAAAUUUGAGCAAAUAGUCAGUGCCCUAGAUAAAAUGAUCCGCAAGCCAUCUGCCCUCAAAGCCACUGGCACUGGGAGCAGCAGACCAUCUCAGCCUCUGUUGAGCAACCGUCCUCUGGAUUUCCCUUCACUCAGCAAUGCCCAUGAGUGGUUGGAUGCUAUCAAGAUGGGCCGUUACAAGGAGAAUUUUGACCAGGCUGGUCUGAUUACAUUUGAUGUCAUAUCACGCAUGACUCUGGAAGAUAUCCAGCGUAUUGGCAUCACCCUCGUUGGUCACCAGAAAAAGAUUCUAAACAGCAUCCAGCUCAUGCGAGUCCAUUUGAAUCAGCUUGAACCAGUUGAAGUGUGAUGUUUACACCAUCCUUAUUCCACUAGUCUCAAACUCUGGAAAGGUUCUGGGGAAAUUCAGAGGGAUUUUCACUGUAAGAAAAAGACAUGUCAGUAUGCUACUUGAAGACUUAGUGCACCCAGAGAGUGCACACUACAUGUCCUGUUCCAUGAACAAAACCAAAGCCUUCCCAUGAUUAGAAAGCAGAGCUAAAUAACUGGUGGCAUUUAAAUGUGGCUGACAUCAGACACUGGGAAUAGAUUGAAGGGGGGAAAGUUAUAAUAACAUGGGGAGGAGAUGGAAUAAUAGUUUGGAUAGAUCACAAGCACCUGUUGAUUCUGCCAACAAAAGGUGUCAGACAAAGCUACAAAGCCAACAGCAGGCUUUAUCGAUGGCUGAGAGCCCAGAAAAACUACAAAAACAUAAUAAAGGCAACAAAAAAAUUAUGUUUUUUUCCAAAAGAAUGCCAUCAUGAUGUGAGAGAUUAUUACUCAGAGGGAGAUGAGCAGAAAGUUAUCCCUUGGUAUGCCAGCUUGGUCCAGAACUCAAGUUCCAGUUAGCACACAAUAUGUAAGCAAUGUCACCUGGUAAAGAGGUUGAGAGUAAAGGGCUCAAAAUUUUAUGCUA